UGAUCUGCUCUAGUUUUUUGUCCUCUUCUGGCAGGGUGAGGUUGGACUCGAUGAUCUCCAUGUCCCUCCCAACCCUCCACAUUCUGGGCUUCUAGGAAAUGAGCCCGGACCCUACUGAAGCUCUGCUUCCAGAAACCUCAACCCCCUCCCUUCGUGCACCUUCCUCAAAACUGAAGUUUUCAGCCACUCAUUUGGGGACUGGAGCUUCACGCCCACGCGCGGAACCUCGUGGUUCCUGAGGAACCAACCCCCUUCCCCCCCCCCCGAGCCCCAGCUUGAGGGCUGAUGGGCUGGGAGGGAGGGGUUUCCUUGGGGAGGAAUUGCUGAGAGGGGGAGAUUUCACUCCCAGAUGUGAGUGUGGAUGCUGAGAGGAGAUGUCGGCAGCGCUGACGUGGAGGUUCUUCUUCCUCCUCUUCAUCAUGCCAGCCUGGGCAAGACAUCAUCCCUCAUCAGAGGUGGUUGGAGCUGUUGGUGGGGUGGCCUAUCUCAGUCCCACUGUGCCACAUCAGACCUACCACAGAACCCAGUGGAGACGCAACAACUCGGUGCAGAUUGCCAACUGGGAUGGUGGGGAGAAGGUCCACUACCUGGCCAGGUCCUACCAGGGGCGCCUGGAACUCUUCCCCAACCACACCCUCAAAAUCAGCCCCCUGCAGAAAAGUGACAGCAGCAUCUACCAGGUGUACCUGGAGGAUGAGGAGGGUGAGGAGCACAUCGAGGACAUCCACCUGAAGGUGUACGAGCUGGUCCCGCAGCCCACGGUGAAAGCCAACGUGACCAGAAAUGACCCAUCACGGUGUCAAGCCACCCUGGUGUGCUCAGUGGGGCUUGAAGAGGUGACCUAUGAGUGGAUCCCUCCCAGGAAGCUCUCACUGGAGGGUACGAAUGCUCCUCAGCUGGGUGUCUCCUUCAAACCCUCAGAAGAAACCUACAUCUGCAAAGUCAGCAACCCUGUCUCCUCCAACAGUUCCUCGUUGACCUACAGGCCCCCCUGCUCCUGGACAGGUGAGUCUUCUGCUGCUGCAUCCUUCACCACCAACGUGCUGGUGGCCCUGGGAUACCCCCUCGUCCUUCUACUCCUCUUCACUCUGGCUUGAGGACACCCUACGGGUGACAUCUCAUCAUCAGAGCCUGGGUGAGCUCCCCAAACUGGUUGGGUGCUGAAAGAUGUGGUUGCUCAAGAGGAACCCACCACAACCAGUGCCCACCUGGUCUCAUCCACAACCUCCUGCUUCCCACCAGCCCAGGGUCUGGCUGCUCUGCUGUUGCCUUCAGGGUCGUCCUGUGCCUCAGUUUCCCUCCUCACUUGUUCUGCUUCACUUUAGAGGUCACGUUCUCCAGGUCUGAACAAACCAGGGCUGAAAUCUGUUGCCAAAGGAGCUUCAAGAACUCUGGUGACCUGACUUGCAGAAUCCAUGGUUUGCUUGGAAAUCUUCCCCACCCCAGCCUUGAGGCCCAAUCUGAGCUAUUCCUGGGGCUCCCCGUGGACCUGGGGGGUCCUUGGCCAUGGGUGAUGGUCUUUAUGGUACCCAUGGGCAAUGAAGGAUGUCUUGAGCCUGAAAUGGGUGACACCAGCACGGGUGCAGCUGCCCAACCUCCAAGUUUGGAGCUCCAGACCACCUCAAGCUGAGGUGGCACCUUCAGCUUUCUCUGCGAGGGUGGGGUUCAGCAGGGCCAGGAUGGUCUCUGCCUUCAGAAGUGUCUCCCUGUGUGUGCAUUAAAUGAAUCUGAAGCUGAAACUC